UUCACAUAUGAUUCAGCUGAAUAGCUCUAGCACUCUAGCACACACACAUAUAUAGAUACACUUGAAUUCUUCAGUUCUUAAGUAGAAUCCAAUUAGACAUUCACCGGCCAUAUGCCUGUCAACAGCUUCAGAUAUACAGUGGUGAGGAGCCUGCUAUAUAGAUCUUAACAAUCUGCUAGCAGCUGCUGGAAAUUACCUGGGAAGCUAUGGAAGCAACAAAGAAAUGGGGUUUGGCUAUUACCGUGAUAUUCAUCGUGUUUGCAGUAUUGCCCCUGAUGAGUCUUCUGGUCCUCAGAGAUCCUAAUGAACCUUGGGAAGUUGCAGACACAAUCCUAAGCCUUUUAGGAAUAAUCGAGUCGCAUGACUCUUCAGGAAGCUACAAGAUUGUUAAAAAGGACUACUCAGUGACGCUCAACUUAAGUAGUUGUCACUCAUCUUAUGGAAGGCCAGAUCUUCUGGUUUAUUGUUGUCCACCAAAGAGUAUAGCAGAAGAAUCUGUCAUUGAUUUCCAAUUUCCAGAUCCUUCAGCCCCUCUAAGAAUUCGAAGGCCAGCACAUCGCGUUGGUCGUGAUUUCAUUGCCAAGUACAAGAAGGCUCUCUUGAUCAUGAAGUCACUUCCAUAUAGUGACCCUCGGAAUUUUCGUCGUCAAGCUGAUAUGCAUUGCCUCUUCUGCACUGGUGCUUAUGAUCAGCCACAUUCCCACCGCCCUCUCGACAUCCAUCACAAAUGGUUCUUUUUCCCAUGGCACCGGAUGCUGCUUCACUUCCACGAGCGCAUCGCCGGAAGUCUAAUUGGUGAUGACACUUUUGCUCUGCCAUUUUGGAACUGGGACUCCCCUAAUGGCAUGGCAAUGCCCGAGUGGUUUAUGCACUCGCCCUUUUUCGACGAUCAGAGGGACGUUUCUCACUUCCCACCAAAACUUUCUGAUCUAAACUACGACUACGAGAAGACUGAUGAGAAUAUGGUAAAUACAGAGCGGAUGCGCUUGAACAUGAUGUUCAUGUAUAACCAGAUGGUGUCUGCAGCAAAGAAGCCAGAGCUGUUCAUGGGGUGCCCUUAUAAGAAUAGUGAGGAUGGUGUUUGUGAUGCGCGAGGAACACUGGAGACUGCUCCUCACAACACAUUGCACACCUGGGUUGGUAGCAAUUUCAAUGUCAAGAGGGAAGACAUGGGAGCAUUUUACUCAGCAGCUAGGGACCCUAGUUUCUAUGCACACCACUCGAAUCUGGAUCGUCUAUGGGAGGUUUGGAGGCAAAUUCACAAGAUCGACUUGGAAACAUUUGAUGUUGAUUGGCUCAACUCUAGUUUCUAUUUUCAUGAUGAGAAUUCACAGCUUGUGAGAAUCAAAGUUCGUGAUGUUUUGGAUACUACAAAGCUGAGGUAUGCCUAUGAGGAGGUCGAUAAUCCAUGGCUGAAUAUGCGUCCAAAGCCUAACUCUGUUCCAUCCAAAAGUGCCAACCAUGCACUGAAACUAAGAGAAAACAGAAGCAUUUUGUCUGCGGAGUUCAGACCAGGUGGUCAGAAUCUCGAGAGCUCCAUAACAGUGAAGGUGAGCAGGUCUAAAUUCAACAGAAGCAGGCAAGAGAAAGAUGAGGAGGAAGAGGUCUUGGUUGUUCAUGGAAUUGCUGUGAGAACCGACUACGUCAAGUUUGAUGUGUAUAUAAAUGUAGUCGAUGGGAGCAUAAUGGGACCGGGUUUCAGGGAAUUUGCCGGAACCUUCGUCCACAUACCUCAUGGAAAGAUGGAUGGUUACAGAAAGACCAAUCUGAAGUUUGGUAUUUCAGAAGUGCUCGAGGAUUUGGAGGCAGAUAGAGAUGAGAGCAUUUUCGUCACGGUGCUACCUGUGACUAAAUCAUGCAGCAACAUAACAAUUGAUGGGAUUCGGAUUGAAUACAUGAGAUGAUUGAUGCAAAAAUAUGAGAAAAUUUCCGAGUUUUCUGUUGCUGAUAAAUUUGAACCUGAAUACAUAGAUCUUUUAGCAGUUAGAAUUUAGAAAGAUAUGGAAGAAAUAAGAAUGUUGCAUGAGGAAAUGAAAGUGAAAAAGAAAGGAAA